CUGCGCUCUUUCAUAACUAACUUACGGAGCAUCUUCUCUACCCUUCCUCUGUUUAUAUUUUUUUUCUGGCUGCUGCUCUCCUCGACUUGACCUGACUUUAUGUCGGACAUCGUUGUGGUGUCCCGGGAGGAAGCCGGGAGCCAGUCGCACUCUCGCAUCAAUGCGACGAGGUCCCAGCUCAUGGUUCUCGAGGAGGCGUUCCCCGAGCGCCCUGAAAUUUCGGCCCCUGGCAAGGUGUUCACAAACCAGAACUAUUUUCCGUCGGACGAGAGGCUCGAGGAGCUCGCAAAGGAGACCGGACUGUCGACGUCUUGGAUCGCACGAUGGAUCCAGCGUCUGCGGUGUAAACGGAAACGUAAUCAAGAAGAGGAAGACAGGAAGGCCAGAGGACAAAAUGGGUCUGCCUCGGUCACAUCUGAGCCGCCUCGGAAACGCAGACGGAGGAAAACACAAUUAAUGGACGGGUCCCUCGAAACUACACCACACAGCAUCAGCGCCAGGGAGCAUAAUCCACGAGUCGUGUCCGUCAAGGAGGAGUCGCCCCAGCCGUGUCCACUCGCGCCGCUGCCGCAACCGUCGCCGGCGCCGCCCUCCUCGGCCGCGAGGUAUGCGCCUUUGCUGAGCAAAACCGCGACACUUUUUAUACCGCAUUCUGCACCACUUCGCGAAGACUUCGUGCCCCGCCUGCGGCCUGCCGUCUGGCCAUCUUUCGACGACUCCGACGACCCCGACGUCUCGCCCCCUGGAUCUCCUAUCACUCGCACUUCUGCCACGCGCAACAAGAACACCACUACCGAUUCCUCAGCUUCGCCUUCAAAACUUGCAUCUCCUUCCCGCAGCACAUCCCAUCAGAACGGCAGCACUGGCCCCAGCACCAGCCUCAACAACGCUUCUUCUUCGACCCCAAAUCCGCCUUUAGCAUCCCCAGCCCGUAAUGACCGUUCGUCUGCCGCAUCUCCUGCCCCGUCUUCCACAUCCACAUAUGUUACGUUUUCGAACAGAUUCCAUGGCCACAAGUUCAACACCCAGAUAAACUCUCCAAGUUCUCCCGCCCCCGCUGCCCUCGGCGCUCCUGCCUCGUCCGCUCGCCCCCGCAGCCGCACGGACCCGCCCCAUCCCCACUCGCCGUACACGCCCCUGUCCAACUCCAACACGCCCCCGCUCAGCUCGCUCGCGCCCACAUCGCCGCCACCGCCACCGCCUCCCGCGACCGCGACCGUGGCUAGCCCCGGAAGCGGUACUGGUGCCGGCGAGGACACCGCCGGCUCCGUAUGCCCGAUGGCGAAUCUGCCGCAGCAUGAUUUGUCGCGCAACUGCUCAUUAUGUGCCAGGCACGGUCGACACCACCGUCCUGGUCACAUAUUUGCGGGAGGAAAAGGCAAGGGCAGGCGCAGCCGCGCGAGCUCUUCUGUCUCGUACACCAACAGGAGUCCCCCAGCCGACGCGUCUGCGUCUCCAUCUGCAUCUGCAUCCCGGGUGUCGUCAACGACCCCCAAGAUCACUUUUUCGCGGCCCGCAGGUCUCCCCGCUGCUGCUGCUGCUGCUGAUCGAUCCGAGCAACACCCACAGCAGCAGCCAGACUCACGCGCAGCCUCCACGUCCGCCCCGUCUCCUGUGCCCCGGACCGUGCCUGGGCCUGAGCUGUUCAAGCCCAAUGGAAACAGCAGCUCGGGCGCGCCCGUGUCCGGGGCCGGGCCGUCGCCGCUCAAGCCUCGCCGUGUCAUUCUCAAGAUGCCGGCCGUCGACAGUGCGAGCGUACCCCCUGCGCGUCCCCAUUCACAUUCACAUCCUCAUUCUCCGCCACGUUCGUAUUCCGGGCGUCACAGCGAUGCUUCGCCUGAGCAUCAUCACCGAGGCGGGCGGAGGAAGCGGCAUUCGCAGGAGCAUGUUCAUCACCACCACCACCACCAUCAACAUCAUCAUAAUGGGGCUGCUGCGGUGCCGCCGUCGCCUCCGCCACAGCUACCGCCACCGCCGAGACGGAGUCUGAAGAAGCUUCUAAAUCCUUAGCAUUGCCUUCUUCCAUUCGUUUACCGUUUUUUCUUCUUUGUUUAUUUUGACACCGCGCACCACACAGAGUGAAUUGUGUUGCGCAGCUGUCGGUUUUGGUUCAGGCAGAGCGAAACUUUUGGCGCGACCGUUUUUUCUUGGACCGUUAGGGUCGCCUAGAGCAGUACUUUGCAGUUUAGAGAGGGCCUGUGUCGUCUCAACUUGGCCUCUUUCGGGCCAUCUAUGGUAUUGGGUGUGCAUGCAGCAGACUAGUUGUUGGAAGGAGGGCUAGAGACACGCGAGGGCCUACUAGGGCGUAUGUUGACUGGUUCAUGCAAUGGUCCCAGUGCUCAGACCUGGACAGAUGGAUGGACGAGGAUAUACAUCAUACACACACAUGCGAGGAUAUUUCAUGGUGAGGUUAUGGGCUACGUAAUAUUCCAUGGUAGUGCUAGAUGGGUGCGUUUGAGUAAC